AUCAGGAUCUCGGACACCCUAAGGAAUAAUUUCUCCCAGAAUCAACCUUUGUAAAAGCUCUCCCUCCCGAUCCGUCACUGCUUCGAUCGCACGGGCAAUGGGAAGUCCCUUUGAAGGCAACUUCGUUGCAGGCCACGCAGCCGCCGCCUCUGUUGCUUUCGUUCUCUCCUCUUCCCUCACCCAUCCGCUCGACACGCUCAAAACCCUACUCCAGGUGGGUGCAGGGCCGAAGCAAAAACUGAGUAUUUCUCAGGUGCUUGACAGAGCGAGAUCGGUUUCUGGGAUUGCUGGCCUCUAUAAUGGUCUGGGCUGGUCAACGAUGGCUAUGGUUUCAGGAAUGGGAGCUCGUUUUGGAGUUUUUGAAAUAUUAUCUGCUUUCUAUACAGAUGGAAGGGAAGAUACCUAUGUGUAUGUCUCAGAGGCCAUGCUGGCUGGCAUAGCUGCUGGUGCCAUAGAGGCUGUGGUUCGCACCCCAUCUGAACUCGUUAAGCACAGGAAACAAGCAGCUUCUACAUCAAACUCUAGCAUUCUGAGGACCAUCAAGUCUUGGCCUGACUCGACUUCAAUUGUUUCGAAAUUCUUACCAAGAUAUACUUCUGAUGUGAAGGCAUGGAGCCAUACUGUUGGUCUUCUAUCAUCCCUGCCAACAAAUCAUUCAAACUUGGAUGCUGCAUUGAAGCUAUAUCCGUGGAUGUUGACUGGUUCUGGAAGACCCCCUCUUGCAUCCUUUGUCAAUGGACCUUCAGACAUCGUAUCUUUGGAAGGUUGGAGUGCUUUGUGGAGAGGGCUUCGGGCUGGAAUUGCUAGGGACUGUUUUUACGGUGGCUUUUUCUUUGCUGUAUGGCAAUUCUUACACAUUGGCAUGCUGACCUGGAAGGCUCUUGAUAUGGUACCACCACCAAGGUCAAUCAAUGAGGUUGGCCCUGUUUCGCCUUUGGCUUCUAGCCUUGCCGCUGGAUUUUCCGGAGUGGUGGCUGCUGCAGCCUCUCAUCCUUUCGACACAGCUAAAACUAGAUUGCAGUGCAUCGUGGAGCCCAAGUACAUUAGUAUGGAAAGGAAGUUCCUAAAAUGGAAAGCUUCAGGGAAUUGGAUAGAGAGAGUUGCCGGCUUGUCUCCGGCAGAUCGAAACCUGCUGCUUCGUGGUAUUGGAUUAAGAAUGGCUUGCAGCGGUGUUGCAUCAUUUACUCUUGUUGCCACCUACUUGCUUGCCGUUAAACACCUCUUAUAAUUGGGGGGCUUUAUUAAGCUGAUAUUGAUUCAUUAAAAUCAACAAUAAAUUUUGAAGAAAACCAGUGCUAAGAUUGGGUUUGCAUCUGUUCUACCUGAAGAAAACUUGUUUCUUCAGCAGCUGUUGCAGCUUUUCCUGUUAAGUCCAUGCGGAGUACGGCGGUUGGGUGAAAUAUUUAGGGAAAUUUAUUGAAAGGUGAAGUGAUUUCACACUUUUUUUUAAUCUAUUUAUUUGGGGCAUUUACAUGCAUAGCGCACAAUUCUCAUGUAUUUACA